GUCAACAGUCAAUGCUAUGCCAGACUCAGUCGCAGUAGCUGUGUGUCGUGCUGUUAGCCAUUCGUAGCGUAAUAAGUUAGUGUGAAUUAAAAUUCAACGAUGGACGAAGAAUUGUGUUGUCCGGUCUGUAAACAAUUUUAUUCGAAUCCAGUAUUAUUGCCGUGUCAUCAUUCGGUGUGUUUAUUGUGCGCUAUCCAUCUACAACAACCUGCCUCCAGUCAUAACACUUCUACCCUAAGUUCGGUUCCGGAAAAUGCGGAAAGCGUAACGUCGGGAAGUUCGGGCGAUUAUCAGGAAAGCGAUAAGCUAUCGAUACUCAGCGAGACCGACAGCGGCGUGAUUUGUGCCUCUAGACCGAAUAGUUACAUAGAAUCCAGCAAUGUAUCGAGCACCCUCAGCGUAUCGUGCCCCGUGUGCCAUAAACUCGUGUAUUUUGACGAGAAUGGUGUCCACAACUUGCCCAAGUACCGGAUCAUGCACAACAUUGUCGAGAAGUACAGCGAGCUGAAGAACUUGACCCUAAAAUGCCAAAUGUGCGAGAUCGAGCCGGCCAACGAGGCGACCGUGAUGUGCGAACAAUGCGAAGUCCGAUAUUGCACUUCUUGUCGCGAAUCUUGCCAUCCGCUACGCGGACCGUUGGCCAAACACAUUCUGACCGAUCCCAAGAGGGGCAUUAACAAUUCCGCAAAAGGCAAAACGGGAACUUGUCCGGAACACGCCGAGGAAACUCUUAAUAUGUUUUGUUCUAUUUGCAAGACGUGCGUUUGUGCCGUUUGUUUAUUGGACACUAGACACAUGUCGCACGACGUCCAGCCCGCCACCGUCGUCUGUAAGAUACAAAAGACCGAUUUGUCCCACAAUUUGCAGCAACUAUCGGAAAGAGCGCGAACGACCACGGAGUUUAUUCAACAGUUAAAAGGUCUUAACGAAGAAAUAGAGCGAAACUGUGAUGAUUUCGAAAGUAUCAUAUCAAGCCAGUGCGAAGCACUCAUAGAAGCAAUACGAUUAAGGAGGAACAAUUUACUAGACUUCAUACGACAAGAAAAGGACAUGAGAAAGGGUGUAUUGAAGGACCAAGUAGCUACCUGUACGCAUCGACUACAGCAAACUACAGCUUUGCUGCAAUUCUGUAUAGAGGCAUUAAAAGAAACGGAUAGUUCUUCUUUUAUACAAGUUGGUUCAAUGUUGAUCAACCGAGUGGUAGAUACAGACCAUUCAUGGCAGAAAGAGUGGUCGAUACCACAAGUAUCUCCUCAAUUCGAACUUACGCUAGAUGACGCUCCUGUAUUGUCGGCCAUUAAACAAUUAAAUUUUAUACAAACUAAACCUCCAGUGGCUCCUAUGAUUAUCCCAGAAGAAUGUAAUGCUGAAAAUAAUUCUGUUACAGUAGCUUGGCAACCUCCUAGCCUCAGUCAUGUCGAAGGAUAUGUUCUGGAAUUAGACGAUGGCAAUGGCGGCGAUUUCAGGGAGGUGUAUUGCGGCAACGAAACCAUAUGCACCGUAGAUGGCUUACACUUCCGUAGUAUGUACAAUGCGAGAGUUAAGGCCUUUAACAGCUCCGGUGAAGGAGAAUACAGUGAACUCAUUGGUCUCCAAACUGCUGAUGUUGCCUGGUUCACUUUUGAUCCAGUCUUAUCCGGUCCUGGUCUACAAUAUUCGGAAAAUAACACCAGAGUGACAGGAGAAGGAUGGGAGCAUCGCAUAGCUCUAGGCAGUCUCGGAUUCAGCCGUGGACUUCACUACUGGGAGUUUACUAUUGAAAAAUACGACACGGACACCGAUCCGUCGUUUGGAAUAGCCAGGAUCGACGUCACUAGAGAUAAAAUGCUAGGUAAAGACGACAAGGGCUGGGCAAUGUACAUCGACAACCAACGGUCGUGGUUCCAACAUGCAGGGGCACAUGAACAGCGGGUCGAAGGGGGCAUCCAAAUCGGCUCGACCGUAGGCGUACUAUUAGACCUCGAACAACACACACUAUCAUUUUUCGUGAACGAAGAACCCCAGGGCAAUAUUGCGUUCAGGGACCUCUACGGAGUGUUCUAUCCGGCGGUGAGCAUCAACAGGGGUGUCAGCGUCACUGUCCACACAUCUUUGGAUCCGCCUUCUGACUUGGACGAAACUCAAUAAGACUGAAUAGGCAUAUUUAAACAAUAUUAACGACUGAUCGCAAAAGACCUUACACUUCGAACGAGCCUUUAUAUUGAUUAACUUAAAUGAAAUUUAUGUGACUUUUUUUCGUGCUUUUACCUUUAUCUAGUUGAUUUUUGAAAAGGAUCUUAAAUUGAGAUGGGCUGCUAUUGCGAUCGGCUGUGCUACUUUUUUUUAUACAUGGUUUUACAUGUUAACUUAUACACACUCUACUUAAUAGUUUGAGAGAUUUGUUAUAGAUAUCUUAUAUUAAAUUAUAUCUUAUAUUUAACAUUAUUAUAUUGAUUAAACUUAUUUAUCAGUAUACUA